AUGGCACGAUAUUUCAACUUGGAUUUCUGUGCGCCGAUUGGGCAUGCUGGGGCCCCGUUGCCGGCGCUUUGCAAUUGGCAAGGUGGUCAGGACAGGUGUUUGGGGGAUGAAUGUAGGAUGAAGAGCGUGGGGAAGGGUUAUGAGCGGCUUUUAGAACUUCCUUUGGAGGUUAAAAUCAAGAUAAGCAGGUAUCUAUCGCAAUAUGACUUGGUUAACCUUGCGGGAGUUUCAAGGGCGUUCCACGAUGUGGCCGUAUUAUGCUUGUACGGCAGAAUUGUGAUCGAUCCAAGCGCAUGCGCCAAGACUGUUUCCAAGCAGGGGUGUAAUUUUAUGCCAUAUAAUGAGAUUGUUAUCAAAUCCAGGUUCUCGCUGAUGCGCUUUAUGGCGGUGAUUAGCGCAAAGGAACCGCUUCCAUUUGGAGCUUUAGUGCGAUCUAUCAAGGUACUAGACUUUCCUGCUGGGUUCACUCGGCGGGACUCUUUCAGCUUUGUACGGAAGGUGCUUCCAAACCUUGUGGUGCUGCAAGAACUGUGUUAUAGAGUCAGGGAGCACUGGAUACCGGAUGACAUCUAUAAUUUCAUACCAGCGAGUACUUCGAUGAUCUCUAUGCCUCUUAAAUCGAUCGAUGGAUCGCUGAAAAGGAGAUUCAGGAUUCGAGAGUUUUUCUGCAAGAAGUACAUUGAAGCGAAAGACUUGCACAACUUAAUGCACAAUUUGAGUGAAAUAUCAGAUAACUUAGGUUCUUCACUUUCGACAUUGCAACUACACAGAGAUGAUCAACACCAUUCUCUGCAUACACGUAACCUUAAUCCGGGGCAGUCUCUCAUAGUUACGCAAUAUAUGAUAGACAAUAAUUUGCCGCAGCCAGAUUUCCUAGAGAGAGACACAGUAGUAUCGCAUAAUCAGCUGGAUGUUUUCUUUUGGGACUUUUUAAAAUACACUUGCAAGCUGGCUAAUUUGCGAGAAUUAGAUGUAAGCGGCGCGAACUUCAAAUCCUCGGAUGCUGUGCUGGUGAGCAAUCACAUUAAUUUAGCAAACCUCGAGACGCUAUGCUUCACCAACGUCAAUGAAGUACAAUGGUUACCGGAAGUGUCCUACUAUGUCGAUGACAUGCAGUGGUUACACGAUACCCAUCUCCGGAAAGGGUUUCUGCCCUCCAUCGCUUUAAAAUUUGUAAACUUGAAGCGCGUUAAACUGGAUUAUAAGGAGCCCAUAGGACGUGGAGUUCCUGAAUUUUUAGAAACUUUAGCUUCUAACGGUGUCUUCUUAUCAGAAUUAGACCUGGUAAUAAACUGGGACAAGAGUAGUACUGUAUCAGCUAGCUGGGAAAAUACCGCUGAAAGAUAUGCAGAUGCUAUCUUAAUGCAUCGCUGCACCCUAGUGAAACUUUCAUUAGUAGCCAAGGAGGAGUCCAGUUAUUACGAACUGCAUAAAAACAUACCAAUGUCUUCACUGAUGAGGCUCUCAAGUUGUAAAAAUAUUGAAAGUCUACGUUUUUAUGGUGGCUCAUUACAAACCUGUGAUUGUGAACUUUUGGAGAAGUUUCCCAAGCUGGUGUAUCUGGACUUAUGCGGCCGAGAAGCAGGUGGCCCACUCCACAUGGGAUUGCACACAAGGCAUGAUGGGGUUUUAGAUGAAUGGUAUCGUGUCAUACAUGUGCCCAUUAAUUUGUCUAGAAGAAUUCCAACUGUAAAGUUCAUCAAGAUUAACACAUGUUUGUUUGAAUGUAGGCAAGGUGGGGAAGUACUACCGUCUUUAGAUGGCCUUGAACCUUGGUUUACAGCAAAAACAAGAGUCAUUGUGUCUGAAAAGUGA